CUUCAAUGAGAUCCCGAAAAGACUCUACUUAUAACGAUUGUCAGUUAAAAUUUGACAGAUAACCAAAUAUUUAGAAAAUAAGGUCAACAAAUAUUUAUCAAUGUCUUGCCCGGGUUGGUAUUGUGGAAAAACAUAUUUAGAAAAUGGUGAACUAAGUGAUUGCGGAUCCUGUCCUAGAGGUUAUAGAAGAAAUGAUACCACUUUUAUUUGCGAACCUUGUUUGGAUAGUCCAAAAUUCUAUGAUUGGCUUUUCCUUGGUUUUAUGGGAUUAGUAGUCUUGAUUUUGCACUGGUUUUUUAUCGAUAUGGUUUCUAUGAGGAGAAGUUUUUGUAAAAAUGUAAUUGUCCUUCACUUAACAGCAUUUUUUGAAGUCUUGAUCUCCUGUACUUUAACAUUGUUAUUCACAAAUCCUGCAGGCCAUUUUACAGUUUAUAGCUGUCCAGUUCGAACAGUGUCAGACUGGUAUACUCUGUUUUAUAAUCCUACCCCAAAUUAUGAUCAAAAAAUUUAUUGCACACAGGAAGCUGUUUUUCCACUGUAUUCUAUUAUAUUCCUAUUUUAUAUUCUCUCAUUGAUAUCAAUGCUUUUGAUACGACCAUGGGUUUCAAGGAAAUAUUUACCAAGACAAGGUAAAAUGGCCAUAUAUGCAGCAAUGUAUUUUAUCCCUAUUUUAGUAUUAGCACAUGCUACUGUUGGAGGAUUAAUAUAUUAUGCUUUUCCCUAUCUGUUAGUGGUAGUGUCAGUAAUAUCAUCUGCAGUUCAUUUUGCUGUAAAAAUGGACCAAAGUAUGUCUGCGCUUAUUAGAACAACAGUAAUGCAACCAAGGAAUAUUGUGGUUUUGCUAGGGCACUGGUGUCUUCAUGCCUAUGGAAUAAUCUCUAUAACUCAGUUGACAGAGCCCCUGGUGCACAGCUUGAUGGUUUUAUUAGUUCCUGUGCCUGCACUGUUUUAUAUUUUGACUGCAAGAUUCACUGAUCCAAACAAGAUAUUGAAUUUAUAGCAGAAAACCAUGACCAUCCAAACUACCAGCGUAAGAGACGAAUCCGGAAAUUACGUUCUCACAUAUACAUUGAGACCAUUGGAUCAAAGACAUCAUAUAGAUACUUGAAGUAGAUAAACAAGGUUUGAACAAUGGCUGUGUUAAAUUUUUGGAUAUUUUAAAUUCUAUUUGUAGUGUUCUUGAAAAAAAGAAACUUGUAUUCCAUUCGAGACUGGAAUUGUGACUGUGUGGUAUUUGUAACUGUUUCUGUACUGUAAUAGUAAAAUUUGUAGUAGGGCCACUAUAUUAUCUAAUAGCUAGGUAGGAGCUAAGUAUGAGACAUCUAUUCUAUUAUAUCCUCAACAGAGAGAGUAAAAAAUAUUUUUUGGUAGUUGUUUUCAGUUUUCAGUUAAAAAGAAUAUUCAAGUCCUCCCAGCAGCCUGAGGAAAAAUGCAAGAAGGUCUGUAGAACAAAUUUGUUUACAAACCUUUUCCUAGAAACCCUGUACAUAUAAAAUUUAAAUCCUUGAAAUAAUAUAAACCCCAUAGGACAAGUUACAA